UGUGCCAGGGAAAAGAAGACUGAUUUGCUGAGAUAAUAAUACAGGAGCAGGCUGUCAAUAUGCCUGAGUGUCGGGUUCCAGCAUGAGAUCAGCUGGGUGUUGCUCAAGAUAUCGCUGAUGAGGUCCUUGCUCCAUUGAUGCCCUGUGCUACUUUGAUGGAUAUGUCCUGUUAGCAGCUUCAUCAGCUGCACCCCGUCCGGGGAUCUGCAGUUAAUUUGGGGACUACCGCAUCCUUUCGAUUGUUCCCUUUAAUUCCACAGAGGGCUGGUAAAGGGGAUUUUGUAUAGCAAUGGGCAACACUACAUCAUGUUGUGUGUCCUCCAGCCCCAAACUGCGGAGAAAUGCCCACUCCAGGCUGGAGUCCUAUAGACCAGAGCAGGACAUUAGCAGGGAGGACACGGGGUGCAACCUGCAGCACAUCAGUGACCGUGAGAACAUAGACGAUAUGAAUAUGGAAUUUAAUCCCUCUGAUCAUCCACGGGCAAGCACAAUAUUCCUUAGUAAAUCCCAAACAGAUGUAAGAGAAAAAAGAAAAAGCCUGUAUAUUAAUCACCAUCCCCCAGGACAGCUCAGACGAAAGUACAGCUCCUGUUCAACUAUUUUCCUAGAUGACAGCACAGUCAGCCAACCCAACCUCAAGUAUACAAUAAAAUGCGUAGCACUUGCAAUAUAUUAUCACAUCAAAAACAGAGAUGGUGAUGGAAGGUUACUGUUAGAUAUUUUUGAUGAAAAACUUCAUCCUCUUUCGAAAUCUGAAAUACCAGCUGAUUAUGAGAAACACGACCCAGAGCAAAAGCAUAUUUAUCGAUUUGUUCGGACGCUCUUCAGUGCUGCCCAGCUGACAGCAGAAUGUGCCAUAGUAACCUUGGUAUACCUUGAAAGACUGUUAACUUAUGCAGAAAUAGAUAUUUGUCCAGCAAACUGGAAGCGUAUUGUUCUGGGUGCAAUUUUACUUGCAUCUAAGGUUUGGGAUGACCAGGCAGUGUGGAACGUUGACUACUGUCAGAUCCUCAAGGAUAUCACGGUUGAAGACAUGAAUGAAUUGGAGCGUCAGUUUUUGGAAUUGCUGCAGUUCAACAUUAAUGUUCCUUCCAGUGUUUAUGCCAAGUAUUAUUUUGAUCUACGGUCACUUGCAGAGGGAAACAACUUAAGUUUUCCUUUGGAGCCACUCAGUCGGGAUCGAGCAUGUAAACUUGAGGCUAUCUCCCGCUUGUGUGAGGAUAAAUACAAGGACUUCCGAAAAUUUGCCAAGAGACGCUCCACGAGUACUGAUAACCUGACUGUCGUUCGAUGGUCACCUGCAAUUUUAUCUUAACAGUGACUCCCUAUACAGGCUUCACUGUCUUAUAUACUGUUUGGUCAAAAUAUUGUUUUUCCUAGGGAUAAAAAGACUUCUUUUUUACUCUUCAGAUCUGGCAAGCCUCCCUUACAGUGCCUCCCUAUCAUAAGGAUGGGAUUACAUCAGUCACUUUCUUCAAACAUUUUGAAGCCAUUCCAUUUUUCCCCCCACUGCUUCCCUAUAUUAUCUGGACAACAUGUAACAGAAAUAAAAGAAAAGCUGUGAAGAGGAAACAAAUAUUUAACAACAAUCAAACUACCAUUUUAAUGCAGAGGUUGUAAUAUUUCUAGGAAAUGCUUUUCUGUACAUAUCGGCGAAACCUGAUUGACAGUGUUUAAUAUCCAGAUAUCCUGUUCUCUAUCUCUUUUUUUUUACCAUUAGUGAUUUUUGUUUUGUAUCGUCAGGCUCUAUAUACCACUAAAAUACUGGCGUUCAGAACUGGCACACAAAGGUAUCACAUAUAUGGUGAUAUAAAAUUAGACAAGAUCGGAUGCCAUUAUAUUUUCAGCCAAUUUUUUCCCUUUCAGCCUUGAUCCAUUCCGCUUGACAUUUUUGAUUGCCAAGGAAGUCGUCAGUACAUGAAGUAUCCGUACUUCGAAAUGAUUGGCUUUCAAGUAAAUGAAGUUGCUAUCUUAUUAUCCUUUUCUUUGAUAUGGUUUUGAGUCCACUUUUCAUGGUUUUGUGCAACUUUUAAAUAGUUUUUAUUUAAUGAUGUCAACCAUAGCGCUGAACCAAAAGUGCAUUUGGAAGUCAUUUAUCAUUCUUAACAUUAUAUAUAUAUAUAUAUAUAUUUUUAUUUAUAGUGUUUAUGUACUGUAUGAGUGAAAGUGUAUGCAAGUUGUCAUUUAUUUUUGCCUGGUCUUAUAGUAUAAUACUCUCGGAAUAAGUAUUCAGUCUCCUCCAGAUGUAAUUGAAACUUUAUUGAGCCAAAUACAGAGAGGCAGACCAUGGCAGAGAUGAGACACUGCAGUCUAUUGCUGUAUGGGUUUAAAUAUGAAAAAAAAGAAUGAUUUUUGUAUUGCCUAUAUUUUAUAUUUCAAGUGCGUUCAUUCCUUUCCAACCAGAUGCAUUUUGCAAGCAAUAUUCCCAAAUGUUAUUGUUUACUUAAACAUGGCAUAAAUAAUACCUGUGUAUUAUAGUUCUAGUUUACCGGAUAGGUAAAGAAAAUGAAUUACCCAGAGAAAAAACAUUGCUGUUAAACAUGAGAGAGAAAAAAAGCCUAAUUCAUACUUUUUUUAUUAUUAUUAGACCAGGGCUUAUUGGUUUUAUCUUUGUGAACUUCGGAUAGAUUUUAUGAAUUAUAAACAAAUUAAAAACGUGUUUCACAUAAUGAAUUUUAAUAUUAAGUUGGACUUGAGAAAUUCUUUUUCUAUAUAGAGUCUCUUAAUGUAUGUAAUCUCUGUUCCAUAUAUAUAUAUUUGAGAAACCACUGCAAAAUUAUCAGUUUCUCUGGUCUUACUAUUUAUAGGUCUGUGUUUGAGUGAAAUGAACAUUUUUCUUUUAUUCUAUAAACUACUGACAGCAUUUCUUCCAAAUUCAAAAUAAAAAUAUUGUAAUUUUGAGCAUUUAUUUGCAGAAAAUGGCAACUGGUCAAAAUUACAAUAAAGAUGCAGUGUUUUCAGACCUUGAAUAAUGCAAAGAAAACUAAAAAUAUUUAAUUUUAAACAACACAAUAAUAAUGUUUUAACUUAGCAAGUGAUCAAUAUUUAGUGGACUAAACCUGAUUUUCAGUCUUUCACAUUGCAGUUGGGUGACUUUUAUGCCACUCUUGGCACAAACAUUCAAGCAGUUCGACUUUGUUUGAUGGCUUGUGACCAUCUAUCUUCCUCUUAAUCACAUUCUAGGGUUCAAUGGGGUUCAUUCAGGUCUGGAGAUUGUGCUGACCAUGAGAGGGUCUUCAUCUGGUGGUCCUCCAUGCACACCUUGAUUGGCCUGGCUGUGUGGCAUGGAGCAUCGUCCUGCCAGAAAAAACAAUCCUAUGAUUUGGGGAACAUUGUCAGAGCAAAAGGAAACACGUUUUCUUCCAGGAUAACCUUGUAUGUGGCUUGAUUCAUGCACCUGAUUCCAGGUCAUCUUCUCUGAUGAGUCCAACUUUCAGCUUUGCCCUUACACCAUCUAAUGGUUAGACGGAGACCUGGAGAGGCCUACAAGCCAAAGGGUCAAGCACCCACUGUGAAAAUUGGUGGAGGAUCUGUGAUGAUCUGGGGGUGCUUCAGCAAGGCUGAAAUUGUACAGAUUUAUCUUUGUGAAGAACGCAUGAAUUAAGCCACGUAAAUGGUUAUCCUGGAAGAAAACUUGCCUCCUUCUGCUCUUAAAGCAAGCCGUGACAGAUUUAGUCAUUCUACAAAGUGUGUAAAAGAUAUUAGGUGUCUCUGUUGCUUCAGAUAUCUUUGUCAGCCCUGAGUGUUCUAUGGCUUUUUUGUUUUUUAUUUCAACAGCUGUGCUUCUCCUGACAAAUUCAACAAUUUUGUCCCCUCCUCUUUAGUCUUACCUGAAUGUUAUCAGCUCAGAAUCCAUGACUUGGUACAUUCCUGGCUAUAAUGUAAUUUAUUUUUUGUCCUUCAAGUAUCAUUCGUAUAAAGGCUCUCUGCGAUUUCAUUACUUGAUGGUCCCAAAAGUAUUUUGAUAAUAAACAUUCCUGUGACGCAGUAAGAUGAUAAAGAAAAUUGUUCUAUAACUGUUAUUUAAAGGGACAUAAGGUUCAAAAAGAGUAUUUUUUUUAUUAUAGCACUUUUGACUUGCAUAUUUCAUAUUUAAAGUCAAAUCUAGAGCAGCAAUGUACUACUGGGACCUAGCUGAACACAUCUGAUAAACCAAAGACGAGAGGCAUAUGUGUGUAGUCACCAAUCACCAGCUAGCUCCCAGUAGUACAUUGCUGCUCCUGAGCCUACCUAUGUAUGCUUUUUAACAAAUAAAACCAAAAGAACAAAAUACAUUAGAUAAUAGAGGUAAACUGAAAAGCCUCUUUCUUGCUCUGUCUAAACCAUGACAGCGUACUUUUGAUUUUGAUGCCAUUUUAAAGAAAAAAAUACUGAUGACUGUAACUCUUGGCACCCACUAGAAUCCAACGUAAGCCCAAGUGAUACAAUACAGCCCUCAAAUUCAUAUAAUUUGCACUCCACUUUCCAAACCAAAUAGCAAUAUUCAUCUUCUUGAAGCAAACAUUUACAGAUAUAGGGGCCGAAUGGAGCUUGAUGCCCCUGUUUCCGCACAAGCCUUCAGGCUCGCCGGAAACAGCAGUUAUGUAGCAGCGGUCUAAAGACCGCUGCUCUAUAACUUGUCCACUGCCUCUGAGGCUGCGGUCUUCAAUCCGCUCGAUCCUAUACAAUCAGGCUAAUUGACUCCCCCUGCUAGCGGCCGAUUGGCCGAGAAUCUGCAGUGGGCGGCAUUGCACAAGCAGUUCUGGUGAACUGCUUGUUUAAUGAUAAAUGUCAACAGCGUAUACUGUCGGCAUUCAGCGAUGUCUGUCGGACAUGAUACGCUACAGCGUAUCAUGUCGGUCAGACAUUGGUAAAUCUACCCCAUAGACAUAAUGUUUUAAUUUCUUGUAUUAGAAAAAUUUGCACUGGAGCCUCCAGAGAGAAAAAAGAUUGGACACAGAAGAGGUAAACGGGAUAGAAGUUGGAAUUUAAAUAUUUUGAUAAAAGUAGUUAUAAUUUUGGGGAUUUUUGACAAACAUGUGACAAUAUGAUAAACACCAACAUUAAUCCACAAAAUAAACAAACAUUUGGAAAAAAUGUAUUGAUUUGCAUGGCUUAAUUUACUUUUCCACUAGGUUGAUUUUGAAAUUAUUACAUAUGAGGAGUACAAUGUAGGAAGGUAUGAUUUACAGUGAUGGGAUUAUUUUUAUUUAGGUGGUCUGUUGUGGAUUAUUUGAAAAAGUAAAGGUGGAAUCUUAACAUUGAUUUGUUGAAGGAUGCCAUCAUUUCGUCUUCCUGUGCUGAAAAGAUGUUUGGGGAAUUAAGCUUUUUAAGUAAUUGUUGCUGCCCAUUCAAUUUUUUUUUUUUUAAAUUAUUAUCAUAGGAACCAAAGAACCAGCAUCAAAAAAAUAUUUCAUGUUUGAAACCCCAUACAAUGGACACUAUCAUCUAUGGCCAAUGCUUACUUAAAAUGUAUUUAUUUGUAUUACCACUGAGUACUGAAAAUGAGGGCAAAUUCUCAUAGCAAUAUGUAUUGAUGUUAAGACAAGUCAGGGAUUGCAACCGAGAAACACUAUUUAUGCCAUUUUUAUGUUUUAUAACUUUGAAUAUAUUUGAAAGUUUUUCAUGUUUAGAUAUAUAUUUGCCAAUAAUGAACACAAUAAUAUGCAUAAAAAUUACAUUCUUGAGCCAUUUUAUUCUACACUGAACUUCAUACUGAAAAAUGCUGUAAUCAACAUUUUAGUCUGCCUGAGAACAUGUCAUUAGAGGGUUUUUUUUGUUUGUUUGUUUGUUUUUUUUCAAAUAUUAAAAUUAACAUUUUCAUAUUGUGAAAUUAAAUUUUUCUCUGUAGCCAUUCGAUUACUGCAAGUUGCAUUGUUGGGAGAAAAAGUAUUGUGAAUGAAAGCCUUGGGUUUAUUUUUCAUGAAUUAUCAACUAACCCUUGUAAACAUGCUAUUUAGCACUUUCAUUACUGGUUACUAAAUUGUGAUCCACUACAAUAUGUCAGUAAUGUAGGCAAAUGUAUAAAAGCCAUUUUAUCCUAAAUGUAUGAAUUUCAUAAAUUUAUACAGCUCUGUUGCUUAGAUGAAGUCAUGUUUUUUGUCACAAUUUUACUUGUGUAUUGCAGAAUUUUUAUGCUGUAGCAUUGAUAGCAAAAACCUAGUAUCUGGUUGAAGAAGAUAACAUAUAUGAAAGUCUCCACACUCUUGAUCUUAUAUUUUGUUAAUCAUUUAAAAUUAUGAUCUAUUUAUUGUAUGUAUGUAUGUAUGUAUGUAUGUACAUACAGUUUAAAAACACUCUAUAGGGAUUGUUUUUUGUCCUCUAGAAACUGCUAAUGUUGACCAGUUUCCCCGUUAUUAUUUUUUUGAUAUGUCCUUGCACUAAACUUUAGAAUAAAAUCUGCUGUUUGGA